GACGUUUUGAACACCAUCAUCCGUGCCUGCUCUCCACGUUUCUUCUUCCUCGGCCUGCCCGGCUUCACCAUGCUCGUUGGAGAUUUCAUCACUGCCGCUGCCCGCGUCCUCCGAUCUGACUCCUCAGAGGCUCCGAGGCUGGAGGCUCAGACAAUCCUGGGCUCCCUGGUGUGCUUCCCCAACCUCUACCUCCAGAUUCCUGUGCUGCAGCGUGUGCCCGGCUCUGAUGACAUCAUCGUAGGAAAUGAGGAUAUCAAGGAUUACCUGGUGAACAUCCUCCUAGAGAUGGCAACAAGGGAACACUGUGAAGGAGCCAGGUGCAUUGCUGUGUGCACUCUGGGUCUGUGGGUUUGUGAGGAGCUGACGCAGAAGAACAUCCACCACCAGGUUAAAGACGCCAUCAAUGUGCUGGGCGUAACACUAAAGUUUGGAAACAAAGCAGUGGCUCAAGUGGCCUGUGACGUGUUCCAGCUGCUCAUCUCUCACUGGGAACAUCUCCAGAGGCUGGAGCCCACUCUACCUAAGAAAAUCAUUGAGAUCUUUGUGGCCACAAUAGCCUUUUUGUUGCCGAGCGCGGAGCACUCAACAGUGGAAGCAGACAAAAAGUUGAUGGUGUCCCUGCUGCUCUGCCUGUUGGACUGGUGCAUGGCUGUUCCCUUGAGUCUGCUGCUGGAACCCAUCACCAUGCCUUCUCCGGAGGACCGCACAUCCCAUAAGGCCCCCCUGCUGGACUAUAUCUACAGGGUGCUACACUGCUGUGUGUCGGGCUCCACCCUGCACACCCAACAGAGCCACUACCUGCUCAGUCUGUCGGACCUGUCGCCCGACUAUGACCUCAUGUUGGGUCAGGUUAAGAGCUUCGAGCCCCCACCCUCCCAGACAACCUCCUCCGACUUCGGCAACCUGCUCACAGUCGCUGAGGAAAAGCGUCGUCGGAACAUGGAGCUGAUUCCCCUGACAGCACGGAUGGUCAUGACCCACCUGGUGAACCAUCUGGGCCACCACCCGCUGAGCGGCGGCCCGGCCCUUCUCCACAGCCUCGUGAGCGAGAACCACGACAACCCGUAUGUGGAGUCGUCCGAGCUGUCCUCCGAGGUUUUCAAAAGCCCAAACCUCCAGCUGUUUGUGUUCAACGACAGCACGCUGGUGUCCUACCUGCAGAUCCCCGCAGAGACCCCCGCCGUCGGACAGCCCCCCAAAUGUUCCUCCCAAGUACGUGUGAUCGUCCGCGACAUCUCGGGGAAGUACUCGUGGGAUGGCGCAAUCCUCUACUGCACCAACCAUGACGACUGUGAUGACGCAGGCGUUUUUGAUGCAGUUGAUCGCCCUCUUUCCACCACCUCUCAUGACCCUCACAGCAGAAACCAGCCUGACUCUCCAACAAAUGGACCGUACAAAAACCAUUGCUCAGUCUCCGACUCGCUGUCAGACUGCUACGAGGAGGAAGGGUUGGAUAUAUUGGACACGCUUUUGGAGGACCUGGGCCACAGCAGCCCAGAAUGCCUCCCCGUACCACAGCUCAGGCUAAACCAGCCAGCCCCCUCCCCGCAUGGCAUGAACUUAGAGCAAGAGAGCGCCAUCAUGGAGGCAAUCUUGCGUCAGAUGCAGCAGGAGGAUGAACAGGUGAGGAGGUGGGAUGCUGACUUGAGCUUUAAGGCUGCCUGCCAGAGUGAACCGUCACACCAGGAACCAAAAGCUCCUUUCUACUUCUGCCGGCUGCUGCUCAAUGACCUUGGCAUGAACUCUUGGGACCGCAGGAAAAGUUUCCAUUUGCUGAAGAAAAACUCCAAACUUUUAAGGGAAUUGAAGAACUUGGAUUCCAGGCAAUGUCGAGAAACACACAAGAUCGCUGUGUUCUACAUUGGAGAGGGCCAAGAGGACAAGUGCUCCAUCCUGUCUAACAGCGCGGGCAGCCAGGCCUACGAGGACUUUGUGUCAGGACUGGGAUGGGAGGUGGACCUGGCCACACACUGCGGCUUCAUGGGAGGCCUCCAGAGGAAUGGCAGUACGGGUCUAACGGCUCCUUAUUAUGCUACUUCCACCGUGGAAACCAUCUUCCACGUCUCCACUCGCAUGCCAUCUGACUCUGACUGCCUUACCAAAAAGCUACGUCACCUGGGAAACGACGAGGUGCACAUUGUGUGGUCGGAGCACAGCAGAGACUACCGGCGUGGCAUCAUCCCGACUGACUUUGGAGACGUGCUGAUCAUCAUCUACCCCAUGAAGAACCACAUGUAUUUCAUCCAGAUCAUGAAGAAACCACAGGUUCCUUUCUUCGGGCCUCUGUUCAAUGGCGCCAUCAUCACGGGGACGCUGCUGCCUAGCUUGGUGCGGGCCACCUGUAUCAAUGCCAGCAGAGCUAUCAAGUCCCGGCUGACUCUCUACCAGAGCUUCUAUGAGGAGCGGGCGCUCUACCUGGAGGCCAUUGUUCAGAACCACAGAGAGGUCAUGACCUUCGAAGAUUUUGCCUCACAGGUCUUCUCCCCCUCUCCUGGCUAUCCAAUGAGUGGGACAGGCUCCUUCACCGGCAGCGUGAGCACAGAAUCCGGAAACAACGCAGGACCAACGGACCCCGUGGACCAGGUUUCUCCCACAAUGCCCCGUGCCACGAAGAACCGAGUGUCCGGAAAGCUCCGCCGGUCAGCCAGCGCUAUAAGCAAAUCCUCCAACUGAGCUCUUCAUCCCGUCCCCUUUUCCCCACCCGAGUGCAGCCUUUAAUCUUUCUCUCAAAGAGCCUCACACACCCAGCCAUGACUGCAAGUGUUUCUUGGCGUGUACUGUUUUUCUUUGUUUUAUUUUGUGUCAUAUAAACAUGUAACUGGAGCAUAAUGCAAUUUUUUAAUUUAAGUGGCAAUCAUUGAUUUUCGUUGAUACAUUUCUAUUUGUUGUGGUGUUUAACUGCUUAAUCGAGAUGGAUGUGACUACGCUAUUUAUGUUCACCCUGGUGGUUUCAGCAUAAGGAUCUGCAGCAUAGGAAGACUUGAAUGAGAAGUCGUGAAAGGAACCUGUGAUAAAAAGAAAUGUCAUUUUUAUUCUCAUGUUUCUAGUGUUGUCUCUAUGCACUGGAGAGUAAGACGUUCUUACUAUGUUAAGGGAAAGGGAGACUGCUUCACCCUGUUUCUGUAUCUCAUCUGUCUCAAUGUGACAAAGCACUGAAGGACACCGCUGUAAACGGCAUCAUGCUAGAACUGCACAAAUGUUGGGAUCCAUUUAUAAAUAUGUUUGCCUUUUUUUACCUCCUCCCGCACCUGCCGCAACCUUUCUGCUGGGUCAAAGAUUGCCACUGGGGACAGGAAGUUGCUCUUAAGGACCAGUGUGGACCAUGUUCAUGGACUUCCAUACACUGAAAAAGGAAGAAAGAAACACUGAUGCAUGGGGAUAGCCUCCCCAGGACUGUCCGUGCUCCCUGCACUACCACACAUACUUUCUGAGUCCCUGCAGGACGUGCAGUCAGGAGGAUUUUUAAUUGUCUUCAACCCAGAGUGGACAAUCAAUGACGUCUUUUCUAACUGGAGCUUAAUAGAAAAUCUGUUUGGGGUUGUGUUGUUUUUUUUACCCUUCUAAUUUUCAUUUUUAAAUGAAUUCCGAUGGAUUGUGUCAUGAUUUGAUUUAUGCAACUCUGCUGAAACGAGAAAAGACUGCGUUUGUAAUUGUUUUCUGAUGUCGUUAACUUGGGCUCAUGUCCGGUAAUUGAAUAAGUUCCUCCUGUCUCUUUCCUCAGCUAUCAGUUUCCCCUGUCCUGUGAAGCGAACGCAUCGACAUUCCAACGUUUAUUUUUUGCACUGUCAUUGAUUUACCUAGCAUUUGAAUGUUUCUCUUUGUUCUUGGAUGUAAAUUGCUUUACAUUUUAUUUGCUAGAUUUAUAUUAGAAAGGAACUAUUUGAUGUUGUAUUGUAUUAUCUGUUCAUGUGCUGUUUUAGAGGAAAUAUGCCGCCAGAGCCUCAGGUGAAUCUUAAGUCCAUGCACUGGUGUGUUUGAGUGUGUGUAUGAGUGUGUGAGUUUCAGAGGGAGCUUCUCACAGUGCCUGUGUUAUGUCUGUCCUCUAACAUGCUGUCCAACACCACCUAUCCUCCCCGUAAUCACAUUUUAGUUUAUCUUCUUUUGUGACACAAACCAUAGACACCCUGCAUCACAUCUCCAUCAUUAGUUAGUAGUCUAAAACAAAGCCCCCCCCCUCCCUCUCUUUGUCUCUAAAGGUCAGCGUCUUGUGCUUCCCACAACAAAAACAGCAGCAGAUGGCUUUGUGGGGUUCUCUCUUUUAGUCUUUAUUACAGGUGGUGCACUGCUCCAUCCCUGAAUAGGAGUCAAGGAGGCACCUCCACUUUCCCAUGAUCCUCCGCCCUCGCCCACAUCGCCUCCCAAGAGAGGGGUGGGUGUUCUGGGUUUAGGUGGCAUGCCUGAGCUGAACUCUAGCAGCCUUCCUAGCAACAGCCGGGCCGGCGCUCACUUCUCCAACCUGCCCGCUCGGGGUAGUCAUGGCAGCCAGGUGUUCCACACACACACACACCCCCUCAGAGGGCUCCACCCAAGCUGCAACUCUAUCCCCAUCUGUUGCACUACUAUGCCUUACUUUCCCCCCAUCGCUCUCCUGUCUGUUGUCUUUACUAACCUGACAUGUCGUCUCCUUUUGUUUGGGUUGAUACAUAUUUCUUUUUUGAAGAAUGUAUAAAUAUAAACCCCCCCCCCACUUGAAGGAACCGCCCAGGAUGCUGAUCUUAAAGAUUGUAGUUUAUUAGCAGAUGUCUUUAGAAAGGGGUCUGUGCUCCCCCUUUGGUGGUUUAGUUGGCUGGAGAUGUUAGUUUUGGACCAAGAUAAGGAUUGUGUGUCUUAUAAACGUGAGGGAAAUGAACUAGUGUGUUAGCCCUAGUAUGUUUUUUUCUCUCUUUCUUCUCGUUUUAGAAAAAUCCUUGUACAUUGUGUCAAAUUUGAAGGCUCGAGCUCCUUCCGAAUAUAAAUAUAUGAAUGCCUGUAAUAUAAUCUUUGUAUAAGAGAAAGAGGAAAAAAAGCUUGAAGAUUUCAUCAUUACUUGUCAACAUAUCAAACUGUUUUUAACGACCGAAUUCCUGCUAUCUUUAUUAGAAAUGUGAAAAUUGAAACAUUUCAUUAAAUCAAUUUGAAAUUC